UAGGAAACGAAGGCUCUCGGUUGAGAGUCUGUCUAUUGCAGAUGGUUUGGUCCACAAGGCGCGUCUAGAUUGGUUCUAUAAACCAGCGAAAGUAUUUGUUCAAAUGUACAAAUGUCCGGGAUGGUCUUGCCGUGGCUCCUUAUUCUGGAGAUGGUGUUGUAUGCUGGCUGCUUCAUAUGUGGAAUAAUAACAGCUGCCUCGCUGACCAUCACUCAGGGUCACUUUGAUGGCCAGUGCGUUUUAUACGGGACAGUUCUAUACAACACUACAGGCAGAAACUUGGUCUUACAGAGCCCCAGUCACCCCUCCUUAUGCUACUUUAUUUCGGCCAUCUCUGUGUGUGUGUCCAUCUACUGCUUCUCUCUCACGCUCUACUGGAUCUACACUCGCUGUGUGGACGAGGAGGUCAACAGGGAGAGAGUGUGGCUGAACGUGACUCUGUGUGUUUGCGGGGUUGUGCUGUUCUUCCUGGUGGUGUCAGGAUGCACCUUAAGGAUUGGGAGAGAGCGUCUGUGUCUGUCGGCUCGCCACAACGUGCCAUCCUUACACGGCUGUGAAGAGGCCGAGAAUGUAACCUGGGCCAGCCCCAAUACUGGGACGCAGUUCUACUCAGGUUUAUGCAGCUCAGAGCGGUCAGUGUGGGUCAACUUCUUCUUCUGGGUUCUGAUCGUGGUGGUGGUGUUGGUGCAGAGACGUCAGGAGAUGCAGUCUGAGUCACUAUGGCGUGUCACCGAGAGAGAGCCCUUCUUCCACCGCCCUGUCUGA